AUGGACUCUCAGACCCCUACUCAGAAUCCCCCAGCGACAUUCUGCCCUCCGAUCUCCGCAACAGACGAAAGGCUCAAGACCACAAUGUGCACCUUCUACACAGUAAAAUACCUCUGCAACUGCAUCUACGACGAAUGGCUCCUCCCCUGCUUUUUCACCCGGGGCCCCUCCAUCCUCCUCAGCCACCCCAACAGUACCGAGUCCCAAACCACCAGCGAAACCCAAUCCUCUCCUGACUCUCCUCCCAACUCCCCUCCUGCUACCCCUUCCAAUGUCAAUCCUGAAUUCAACCCCUGCUUUCUCAAACCAAAACCUCAUCCAACAAAGAAACCCUGCUACCACACCCACAUAAUCGAAACAUACGACGUCCUCACCCUCUGCGAAGUGUGUUUCAGCCAACUAGAUAAAGAAAUCCGCACGCACGGUGUGAAGACUGUCCUCGCGUCGCCGGAGCGGUUUCCACUCGCCGAGAAACUGGGUAUGCUCGUCGUCGUCGAGAACGAUGCGCUAGAGCAGUGGAGGCUUUUCCGGAAGGGGGAGCAGUGUUUUCUUUUAGAGAGGGGAGGCAGAAUUCAGUCUUUGGGUUCUUCGGGUGCGGUGAAUGGGAGGGUGGUUGUUCCUGGUUGUGGUUGCGGUGUUGGGAAGGGCCCAAAAGUUAGAGGGCCCGAUGCAGAUCAGGUGUGGAAGGUGGAGUCGAGUAGGAUUUAUCGGCUUGAGUAUCAGAUCAAUGGGCCGGGAGAGGAUAUAGAUACUGAGAGUGAGGAGAGUGGUUCUGUCACAUCAGGGAGGGGUGGAAAGUUGGGGAGGAAGGGGGUGUGGGAUGGGUCGUAUUAUGAGGAGAGGGCGAUGGGACAUCAUCCCGAGCCAGAGGACUGA